UGUGGGGUAACGGCGGCAGCGGCGAGUUGGGCUUCGGGUGGGCCUAACGAGAGGAAGCGAGGGCUCACGACGGGAGCGCAGCCAGCAUGGACUGGGGCACGGAGCUCUGGGAUCAAUUUGACAGGAUUGAGCGCCACACCCAGUGGGGCCUGGACCUGAUGGACAGAUAUGUCAAAUUUGUGAAAGAGCGGACUGAAAUUGAGCAGGCAUAUGCGAAGCAGCUGAGAAAUCUUGUGAAAAAGCACCUUCCCAAGAGGACGUCUCGAGAAGAUCCAGACACAAAGUUUUGUCAAUACCAUGCUUUCCUUCAAGUGGUGAAGGAGCUGAAUGACUUUGCAGGCCAACGGGAAGUCAUAGCAGAAGACCUUCUAGCCCAGAUCUGUGUGGAGCUUUCCAAGGACUUGCAGGAGCUGAAACAGGAAAGGAAAUUGUAUCUGCAAGAAGGCCGAAGGGCUCAACAGCAGCUAGAGAAUUCCUUCAAGCAACUUGAAAAUAGCAAACGCAAAUUUGAACGUGACUGCCGGGAGGCUGAGAAAGCUGUGCUGAAUGCAGAGAAGCUGGAUCAGGACAUCAAUACUACCAAGGCAGAUGUGGAGAAGGCCAAGCAGCAAGCCAACCUGCGUAGUCACAUGGCUGAGGAGAGCAAAAAUGAAUACGCUUCGUAUCUGCAAAAGUUCAAUCACAAUCAGAACCAGUUUUACUUUCUGGAGAUGCCACAGAUCUUCAAUAAGAUGCAAGAGAUGGAUGAAAGGCGGACACGGCGUCUCAAGGGAGGCUAUAGCAUCUUUUCAGAGAUAGAACAGCAGGUCAUGCCAAUCAUUGGCAAAUGCCUGGAAGGCAUGAAGGCAGCUGCAGAGGUGGUUGAUGAAAAAAAUGACUCGCAAAUGUUAAUUGAACUGCACAAAUCAGGUUUUGAAAGGCCAGGAGACAUGGAUUUUGAAGACUUCAGCCAACCCAUGAAUCGCACCUCUUCUGAUAGCAGCUUGGGCACUCCCCGGGGCACACUGGACGGCCGUCUGGAUCCCCGACUGCUAGGCAAGAACAAGGGAAAACGCUGGCUCUUCAGCAGGAAGAAUAAGCUCCCAACCCCUCCCCUCUCCCCUAUAAAUUCCCCUUCCUCUUCAUCUUCCCCCUCCUCCUCUGCCAUCAAUGGACCUCCAUCCCCCAAAUUCACCCGUGACCCUCUGUCUUACUGUUUGAACGAGAUCAAUAAGACAGUCAAACCCCGCAUCACGUCCUUCCGCAGCCUCAAACGGGGGACUGUGAUCACAGAAGAUUUUAGCCAUUUGCCUCCAGAGCAGAGGAGAAAAAAAUUACAACAGAAGAUUGAGGAAAGAAGCCGGGAGUUGCAGAAAGAGCUGGAUCAAAGGGAUGCCUUAAAUAAGAUGAAGGAUGUUUACCAAAAGACACCACAGAUGGGAGACCCCAAUAGCUUGGAACCAAAGAUCUCAGAGACACUGGGCAAUAUUGAAAGGUUGCGUCUAGAGAUUCAGAAAUGUGAAGCUUGGCUGGCAGAUGCCGAGAGCAGGAUGCUGAGCAACCGCCCGGACACGGUUACCCGCUAUAACCGCCACGUGGAUCCUGCCAGUGCCCUGAACAAUAACAACUGCUCCCAUGAAAAAGACAGCCCUGACACUACUCAUUCUAACGAGAGCCAGGAAACGCUCAACCAACCCAUUUACACAGAGUUUGAUGAGGACUUUGAAGAGGAAUUGGCAUCACCCAUCGGAAUCUGUGUGGCCAUGUAUCAAUUUGAAGGUUCCAGUGAGGGCACCAUCUCCAUGCAGGAAGGUGAAGAGCUCAACUUGAUGGAGGAAGACAAAGGGGAUGGGUGGACACGUGUACGAAGGCGUAGUAAAGCGGGCGAGGGUUAUGUCCCUACCUCCUACUUGCGACUGAAUGUGAACUGAGUAGGGGGCUGACAGCCAAGUUCCAAGAGCUGCACCAACAUCAGUGUCUGAAUGGAAGAGGUGGGGUUUCAGUUGCCUGGAAACAGCUCCAUGAUAUUUGCUCUGGGUGAGACGGUAAAAGAAGGAAUUUGCACCAAAUCACUACUGCAAGACAAGAACUGACUAGCAGAAUAACAAAACGAUGGCUGUAGCCAGCUGAAAGCAAGGCUUCAGAUGGAGUACAAGAGGGGGUUGACUUCCAGCUAGUAAUUGCUCCUCCUCUCCUCCAUUAUCUUCAUUGCAGUUACAAAAUAUUCCAUAGGAAAUACCCUUCAGCCAAAGUAGAUAAAAACGUGCAAUUUUGCAUACAGGAAGAUUCCUGAAUUCAUGGCUCUGGACUGUGGUAGUUGCCCCAUCAGAUGAAACGCGGCUGCAGUAGCAGAAAGGAUUGUGGUUUCUAUUUCAAGUGCAGAGCUGGCUGUCCCUCUUCUCUUUGCCAGGUUGGUCAGAGCAAAAGGCUCUCUCUCCAGAGAAAAACUUCUGCUUUUAUGCUGCGUUCAGUAGACUGUGUCCAAACCUCAAGGGGAUUAUGGGCGCUUGGGGACUUGGGGUGGGUGUGUGUCCAUAUUCGAGGAGGAGACUGGGUUGGAUUAGAAGCCUAGAAUGUGUAUCCUUAAGAUUGCUGCUAUGCCUGUUGUUUGACUAGAAGCAGAGAGGGAGGAGGAGAGUUGCUGGGCACACCAGUCACUCCCAGUGCUUCUUCAAUUAGAUGCAAGUGUCACCAUAGCCGCCUUGUCUGAGGGCAGGCCAAAAGCCACACUGGCGCCAGACCAACAUCUCUAUAUUUUUUCCUUGAAAUGCACUUUAUAGUUUUCUUGGAUUUGAUUAGCCUGGCUCCUUCAGCCAUUCAAAAGUGCCUGUGCCAGAGUCUUCGGGUUUGUUUCCCCCUUGGGAAUACAUUACAUGAGAAGCAAAAGCAGGUGGCUCUGGCCUCUUCCUCUCCCGUCUGUUUGUUUUAAAGAAGACACUAAUGUAUUAGUUGUUUUAUACAGUGACCAAUUUAUUUUACCAUUCAGUUUGACAUGUUCACAUAAUCUGUAACGUAGCCUCAGCUCUUAUCCCUCCAGCCUUGGAAGGAAGGGGACAAAACUUGCCCCUCCCUUCUCUCUCAAGAUGCAGAAUGUAUUUCUGGGUGCCUUUUACACUUUAUGUAAAUAAUACGGAGGAAAUUAAUUAGUGGAUGCCUGUGCAGUUGCCUUUUUGUCCCUCUGGCCUCCAAGUGUGGACUUUUAACAUCUGCAGCAUUUACAUCACUGUUUGGGAGCUAAAGGGUGAUCCUCUAUUUUUCCGGUUGUGCAAAGUUCACCACAGCGAAAGUGAGAGCUGGAGGAAAAAGCAGGAGGCAAAUGCCACAGGAAGCCAAGGCAGCCAACAGUUCCUGCUCGCUGCUGCCUAUCCAUAGAACAGCACAAAGUGUGGGAGGGGAAGGAGAAAACAGGUUUGUUGUCCGACACUGGACCAGCACUAUUGGUAGAUCAGUUGGGGAAUAUUCCCCUCGCCUCCACUUGUGCUUAACCAGGCAAUGCUUCUGUGCAAAAGUUGUUCGUAGAUCUGGAGAGGGGCCUGAGUACUAUCCAUUUGGAUUGGGAGGGGGUGGGGAAUGCCUUACUAUGGAAGUAGCUGCUAGCGUCUGCUGGACAAAUAAAAACCUAAGAACUACACUGCAUCAGACCAAAGACUCAUCUAACAUUGUAUUCUCUUCCCAUUGUGGCCAAGUAGAAUGAUCCACAACUGUAGCAAUACUUUUUUGUUAUGUUCCUCAGCAAAAAAAAAAAAAAAAAAAGAUAUGAUGCGGCUAGCCAUGGGUAACCUCCUGAUUCUUCAUUAAAAUUAUCCAAGUUGGUGGUUGUCUCUGGUUCAUGGGAGAAAGCAGGAUUCAACCAUGAAUCCUGUUUGAAGUCUUUCCUUUGUCAUGCCUAAUUCUGUAGUGACUGACUUUGGGUGCUGGGAGAAACCUUUUAUGAACCGCCCUGUUAUUAUAUUAAAAGGGAUACAUAUAAGCUUUCUCCUUGCUUGAGCUGCUUUCAAAAUCUUGUAUAGGUAAGGGAGAAAACCUUUCUUAAGGCAACCUCUGUCAAUUAAAGUACUUUUCUCAAGUACCAUUCCAGUUGAAGAAGAAAAAUUCUUGAAAGACAGGUGCAAGUUUCUUUCCAUGUAAAACAUGAAUCAUACUUUAAAAAGGAAAAAUAUUAACUGCAGAAUUCAGCUCUGCAUAAUGGAAACAUAACUACAAAAACAGGAAAAGUAUUCCAAUUGAGGAAGGUUGCUUUUCUAUUCAGGAUGGAUUCUUGGACUCUUCUAACUUGGAUAUGAAUGCAUUUAAAGUUUUGGGUGCAGAUAACAAUCCUGGAAGCUGUUAUUUUCUGGGUUUGGGGUCUGAAAACCAAUGCUGUGAAAUUUCUAAAUCGGGCAAGAAUAGGCAGAGAGCAAAGUUAUUUUCAUAGCACAUACCGAUUAAAAACCGUCCGCUACUUUCUUUA